AUGGACGAGGCAUCCGAGGAGCGCCCCCACGCCCGCAGCCACCGCGCCCCGUCCGUGACACUGCUCUCGCUGCUCCCACCACUGCCAGCGACCACCCGUGUGUCUCGGGCGACGACGCGCUGCGCCGAGUGCCUAGCAUGGCAAAACACAUCUCCCUAUCCCACCCGCCCUUCUCUUUCUCCUUCUCCUUCUCCAUCGCCUUUGCCUUCGCCUUCGCCUUGCUCCGCAUGCAUCCUCCAGGCUUUCUCAGAACACCCUUCCCGCGCGUGGCAUGGAGCACACCGCAGGAGAAGCGCACAGCGCAUGCGCAACACGCUGCCAGCUCUCCCCCUCGCACACGCGUCGUCGUCGAAGCCCGGCAGCUCCCACCCUAUUGUAGUCCACUGCACCACACCACGGCCCCGAAAUGGCGCGGGCGGCCCCGGCGAGCGGGCCCUCACAACUGCCACCGAGCGAAUCUCAGGUCAGGAGAAGAGAAGAGCAGAGAAGGCGAGAAGGCAAAUUCAGUGGGCGAGCAAACUCUGCUGGACGUUCUGCUCAGUGCUGCCUCGCGACGCCGCGCCACCGUUCGCGCUUCCUUUCACAGUCCUCGUCUGGGCCAUGCCCACCCGGCGUGGUGGCACGGUCCCGCGGCCCGUGGGAGAACGGUUCUCCCGCGUGAGACGCGCGAACUCUCUGUCUUACUGA